AUGGGGGAUGUCCUGGCGUAUGAAGCUGAGUUGCUCGGACUAGUCAGAGAGUAUUUGGAUUUUGCUGAAUUUGAAGAAACAGUGAAGAUAUUUGUGAAGGAAUGUAAGGCAAAAGGGAAGCCACUGCCUAAAUCAACAGGGGUUUCCCUGCGAGAUUCAAAAACUUUGACUGUUCAGGAAGAUCUGCUGACAGCAUUUGAAAAUGGAGAGCAGAAAGUUUUCUUCUGCCUUUGGAAGGAGCAUAUACCAUCUUCGGUUCGAGACAGUGAGCCGGUUGCUCAGAAGCUGGAGUUUUAUCUUCACAUACACUUUGCCACUUACCUCUUGAAGCACUCUGUGGGGAAGCCUGACAAAGCCGAGCUUGAGGAAAGGAUUUCUCACUUUAAAACAUACCUAGAAACAAAAGGGGCUGCACUUAGCCAGACAACAGAGUUUCUUCCCUUCUAUGCCUUGCCUUUUGUUCCUAAUCCCAUGGUACACCCUUCAUUUAAAGAACUUUUCCAGGAUUCUUGGACAUUGGAUUUAAGGACAAGAUUGGAAAAGUUCCUGUCUCUGACUCUCAAAGCCAGCCAGACACCCAGGCUUCUCACUUUAUUUAAGGAGAAUGGACAGUGUAACAAAGAAAUCUUACAGCAGCUUCAUCAACAGUUAGUGGAGUCUGAGCACAGGACCAUGACCUACCUGAAACGAUUUAACAAAAUGCAGGCAGACUACCAUAAUCUCAUUGGGGUCACUGCAGAGCUCGUGGAUUCCUUGGAGGCCACAGUCAAUGGCAAGAUGAUCACUCCAGAGUAUCUUCAGAGUGUUUGUGUUCGCUUGUUUAGCAAUCAGAUGAGACAGAGUGUAGCCCACAGUAUUGACUUCACAAGGCCUGGGACGGGAUAUUACUCUAUGAGCCCUUGUGAUGACGAAUAUGCUUCUACAAUGUUAAGAGCAUCUUUAGCCCCAGCAAAGAUGCAGGAUGUGCCAUUGUUGCCCUCUCUGGAUUAUGAGAAGCUGAAGAAAGAUUUGAUUAUGGGGAAUGAUCGUCUCAAGGCCUUCUUACUACAGGCCUUGCGCUGGCGCUUGACAACAUCAUAUCCUGGAGAACAGAGAGACACUGUCCUGCAAGCGUACAUCAGUAAUGACCUCCUGGAUUGCCACAGCAAUUGUCAGAGAAAUGUCUUCAAAUUAUUGCAUUCGAAGAGUGAGGUAGUCAGACAAUAUAUGGCAAGGCUCAUUAAUGCUUUUGCUUCACUGGCAGAAGGUCGUCUCUACCUUUCUCAGAAUCCAAAGCUGCUGCGAGUACUGGAGGAGAGACUGAAAGCGGAAGACAAGGAUUCCCUUACACGGGAGAAUGUUCUGGGGGCUCUGCAGAAAUUCAGCCUCAGGCGUGCACUGCAGUCUGCCAUGAUCAGAGAUGGGCUCAUUUUCUGGCUGGUUGAUGUUCUAACAGAUACUGAUUGCCUCUCUGAUUACACACUGGAGUAUUCUGUUGCCUUGCUCAUGAAUCUUUGUCUGAGGAGUGCAGGAAAGAAAAUGUGUGCAAAGAUUGCAAGCCGUGUGCUCAAAGUUCUCUCUGACCUUCUUGGCCAUGAGAAUCAUGAGAUACAACCAUAUGUGAAUGGAGCACUGUAUAGCAUCCUUGCUAUCCCUUCUGUCCGAGAAGAAGCCAGAGCAAUGGGAAUGGAAGAAAUCCUGCGCUGCUUUAUCAAGGAAGGAAAUGCAGAGAUGAUUCGACAGAUUGAAUUUAUUAUCAAACAGCUCAAUUCAGAAGAGCCAUUAAAUGAUAGUAUUGUGUCUGAUGAUGAAGAGGAGGAAGAGGAUGAAGAAGAGGACCAUGACACCAUGGAGGCUGAUCUGGACAAGGAUGAGGUUUUACAGCCUCAACUGGGAGAGCUUGCAGGAGAGAAACUGCUGACAACUGAGUACUUGGGAAUAAUGACUCAUACUCCAAAAAACAAGAAGAAGAUGUUCCCAGGUGUCCAACAGAGUAUAGAUGAGCCCCUGCAGAGACCUGUAACGCCAAGUUUUCACAGAACUGUGUACCCAAUGCCAGAAAACGAUGACAUUUCUUGCCAUAGGGAUGAAAAACUCCAGUACUUGCCAAGUGAUCGUCUUCCCACUCGUAGCGGGAGCAGGUCCAGUAUUUCAGAUCUCUGCGUUUCCUCCUCAUCAAUUGAAAUGGAGUCAUCUAAGGUAUUCUCCUCAGGCCAUGGAAUGGAUCAACGCACCCCAGCUGUGGACAACAUCUUGUCUUCCCGAUCUGCUGAGUUCACCCAAGAGAAAGUAAAUGGGCUGUCUAAUAGUGAGUUUUCCUCAGCUUUUACUAGCAAACCUAAGAUCCCUCGCACUCCUGAAGCACAGAGUGCCAGCCCGAGAAAGGGAAAGAUCCCCCCCAUUGCCCCUCAGUUCUCUCAGUCUGGACCCCAAGAAAUGAGCCGCUCCAGUUCUUCGGGAUCAUCCAUGAGGAGCAGACAGAGCAGCCAGUCCUACAGGAAGUGAGAACAGUUGCUUUCCUCAAGAAUCACCUGUCACGUUGCUGAAGGACAGAGCCAGCUUCCUGUAAUGACCUUUACUGGCGACCUACUUGAGAAGAGAGUGGGUUAUUAAUAUUGCAUGUGCACGCCUCGCACAGCGAUUUGGGAAUUAUCUGAUGGGAUGCAUC